AGGCUCCUCCCGCCCGUUCCCGGCAGGAAGCGCUCCCAGCCAAUCGCGCCGGGGCCGCCGCCCGCGCUGUCUCCGCCGCGGGCCCGCUCCGGGUUCCCAGAGAGGAUUUUCCCCACCAGGAUUCCCGCUCCUGCUCCCUCACCCCGGCUUUUCCCGUGCCAAGGAUGCCCUUCCCGCUGCUCAUCCUGGCGCUUGGCCUGGCAGGCGCCAUGGAGAUCCAGGUGCCGGAGGAGCCCGUGGUGGCCCUGUUUGGCCAGGACGCCACCCUGCUGUGCUCCUUCUCCCCCGAGGCCAACUUCAGCGUGGCCGAGCUGAGCCUCAUCUGGCAGCUGACGGACACCAAGCGCCUGGUGCACGAGUUCUCCGGGGGCCAGGACCGGCUGCAGGACCAGGGCCAGGGCUACGCCAACCGCACGGCGCUCUUCUACGACCAGCUGCAGCGGGGCAACGUGUCGCUGCUGCUGCGCCGCGUGCGCAUCGCCGACGAGGGCAGCUUCACCUGCUUCGUGCGCGUGCGCGACUACGACAGCGCCGCCGUCGCGCUGCAGGUGGCAGCUCCCUACUCCAAGCCCAGCGUGCACCUGGAGCCCAGCAAGGAGCUGAAGCCGGGCGACGUGGCCGAGGUGACGUGCCACGCGUCCCGCGGCUACCCCGAGGCCAGCGUGCUGUGGCAGGACAGCCGGGGUGCCAACCUGACUGCCAACGUCACCACGUGGCAGGUGGCCAAUGAGGAGGGGCUCUUCGAGGUGCGCAGCGUCCUGCGCGUGCUGGUGGAGCCCGGCGUCACCUACUCGUGCCUGGUGCUCAACGCCGCGCUGCGCCAGCACGGCCACGCCUCUGUCACCAUCACGGGCCAGCCCCUGGCAUUCCCGGCGGUGGCCCUGUGGGUGACGGUGGCCCUGGCCGUGUGCGUGGUGGCCCUGCUGGGCGUCCUGGCCUUCGUGUGCCACCAGAAGAUCCGCGAGAGCUGCCGCGAGGACGAGGAGCGCGCGGGGCCAGAGGAGCGGGAUGAGGAGGGGGAGGAGCCCAAGACAGCUCUGCAGCUGCUGGAAAACACGGAGAGCAGAGAGGAUCGGGAGCAGGAGAUCGAUUGACGGCAGCCCCGGCCCCACCCGCCUGUCCCCGAGCGAGCGGCGACAUCCCCGGGGCGGUGACACCCCUGGAGCGGUGACACCCCGGGACAGUGGCAUCUCUUGGCGGUGACACCCCUGGCAUGGUGGCACCUCCAAGCUGGCGAUGACCCGGGGCAGUGACAUCCCCGGGGCAGUGACACCCCUGGGGUGGUGGCGCCUCUUGGCAGUGACACUUCAGGGGCAGUGACACCUCCGGGUGGUGACACCCCCGGGACAGCAACACCCCAUGGUCGGUGACACCCCCUCUGGGCAGUGACACCCCCGGGGUGGUGACAACUCUGAGGCAGUGACACCUCUGGGCGGUGACACGCCUGAGGGGGUGACAACCCUGGGGCAGUGACGCCUCCAAGCUGGCGACAACCCUGGGGCUGCGACACCCUUGGGGCAGUGACACCCCUGGGGUGGUGACACCCUGUCUGGGCAGUGACACCCCUGGAGUGGUGACACCCCGUCUGGGCAGUGACACCCCCGGGCCGGUGACACCUCUGGGUGGUGACACCCCCGGGGUGCCCCAGCAGGGAGGACCCGGAGCUGCCGCCUGCCCCACCCCAUUGCCGUUCCCCACCUCCCGUCCUUCCUGGGAAAGGCAGGUGAGGACCUGCCCGGUGUCCCCGUGUCCCUCUGCGUGUCCAUCCCAGCGGGACAUUCCCCGUUCCCUGCUCUGGUGCUGCCCCGGGUGCCUUUCCCUGCCCUUCCCAAGCCCGGAGCCUCGGGAAUGGCGGCUGGGGCUCAGGGGGCUCCGGGAGCCCCUUCCCCACGCUCCUUUCCCGCUCCCCGAGUCCCUCCGGGCUUGUCCUGGCCUUAACCGCUGGAUCCCGGCAGGUUUGUCCCACCGGGAGCGAUCCCGGGGCGUUUUUGGGAAGGGAGCACCCGCUGGCCGGGUGAGGUCCUGCUGUGGGGACACCUCUGGGGAUAUCCCGAGCUCGUCAUUCCCUUGGGAUUGGGGGCUCCGGGUGCGUCCCAGGGUCCCCCCAGCGCUGUUGGGGACGUGGGGACGCCCCGAGUGCUGCUGUCCCGGAGCGCGGGAGGUCCCCAAGAGCUCCUUGGGUCGAGUCCUUCUUUAAAAUCCGGGAUCUGGGGCGUUUCCCGUGCCUUGACAAAUAAAUGUGGGACCGUGUC